AUGUCCGAAAUCACAGACGACGUCAAGGAGUCGCUAAGUCUUGUGGAAGACCUCAAAUUUUUCUUGGCCACCGCGCCGGCCAACUGGCAGGAAAACCAGGUGAUCCGCCGGUACUACCUCAACAACGACGAAGGGUUCGUCAGCUGCGUGUUCUGGAACAAUCUCUACUUCAUCACCGGCACGGACAUUGUGCGGUGCAUCCUCUACAAAUUCCAGCAUUUCGGCCGCACGGUCACGGACCGCAAGAAGUUCGAGGAGGGCAUCUUCUCCGACUUGCGCAACCUCAAGGCCGGCACGGACUCCGUGUUGGAGAACCCCAAGCUGGAGUUCUUGGAGUUCCUCUACAAGAACUCGUGUCUCCGAACGCAGAAGAAGCAGAAGGUGUUUUUCUGGUUCAACGUGCCCCACGACAAGCUCAUGGCCGACGCGCUAGAACGCGACAUCAAGAAGGAAAAGGCCAACCAGACGCCCACGUCCGUGGCGCUGCGCGAGCCCGCGCUUCUGUUCAACUAUGUCGAGGACAAGACCAAGUCGCUAUACGACCAGCUCUCCGAGCACUUGAGCCAGCCGAGAUUCGACACCCAGACGGCUGGCCCCGGCGCUGAGCCCGACGACGACGACGACUUCCCGCUCGACUACCUAGAUCACGGCCUCGCCACACACGACAACAUGAGCGGAGCCGACUGGGCCGGCCGCGAUUACGCCGGCCGCGACUACAUCACACUCGACAGCCACCACCACUCGGGCUCGUACAUGAACGCAUUCGACUCGGACUUGGCCAGUUUGGACGCGUCCGUUUUCCAGAACUCCGUCAACGUGGUGAGCAACGACGACUACUUGAUUGAGCAGACCGUGCCCGCGCGGGCCGGCAACUUGAGCUCGUCGCAGCUCUACUACCCACGCCUGGCAAAGUUCUAUGACGAGCAGGCGUUCAUGCACCAGCCGCUUAGUUUCGGAAUGGGCCCCCAGUUUCCCCCGUCGGCGGUGAUGACGCUGCUUGGGCCCUAUGCGUACGACACAGGCUACCACGUGUACGAGCCCCCCAUGCACCCCCAUAUCCCCUUUGAGAACGAGUACCUACAUCCACAGUUGACGCCGAGUGGCCCGAUGUACCCCAUGGCACACGUGGGCCUGGGCCACCCGGAGGACUUCGACUAUCUCAUGCGCAGUGGCAUCCCGUCCCAGCGACAGCAAGAGAUCAGUGCUUCCAUGAUGAAAAAAAGACGGCAGCUCCUGACCAACACGUCCAAGGUGACCAAGCCGCCGCAUCGCACCCAUGGGAAUAAGGUCUCUGAUUUCGAGUCCAACUUCCGCGUGCAGAUCAAGAAGGAGGAUGACCUGCUGGCUGUGAUGCCCACGCCGGAACCUUCCAUACACGUGUCUGCUUACAACGGAAGCCAACACAACAAAAACAUGUAG